GUGGUGCGGCGGCCGGCGGCGGGCUGCGCGGCGGCAGGCGGGGGGGGGCGGCCGGCCGCCCCCUCAGUCAGUCGCGGGGCGAGCGGCGGCGCCCGGGCCAUGCACUCCCUCACCCAGGAGAUCCGUAGCUUCUCCAGGGCUAACCUGCGGAAGCAGCGCACCCGCGUAACGACGCUGACCGGCAAGAGGAUCAUCGAGACGUGGCGCGGCGCCUGCCUGCAGGUGGAGGAGGAGGCGGAGGCGGCGCCCGGCGGCGGCUACGUGCAGGACCUCAGCGCCGACCUCCAGGUCGGCGUCGUGAAGCCCUGGUUGCUGCUGGGGUCGCAGGAUGCUGCUCACGACCUGGAGACGAUGAAAAAAUACAAGGUUACUCAUGUUCUAAAUGUGGCAUAUGGAGUCCAAAAUGCCUUCCUCGAUGACUUUAUAUACAAGACCAUUUCUAUUCUGGAUCUCCCAGAAACUGAUAUUAUCUCCUAUUUCCCAGAAUGUUUUGAAUUUAUUGAGAAAGCCAAGAUCCAGGAUGGUGUGAUACUGGUCCACUGUAAUGCAGGAGUCUCCCGUGCAGCGGCAGUAGUCAUUGGUUUUCUAAUGAAUUCAGAAAGACUGAGUUUUGCUAGAGCCUUUUCCUUGGUGAAAAAUGCAAGGCCUGUGGCUUGUCCAAAUCCUGGCUUCAUGGAGCAGCUUCACAAGUAUCAAGAACAGAAUAUAAAGGCAAAUGGAAGCAUAAAUGAUCACGACUGAUCAAAAGGGAGAAGCGAAACAAUCCAUUUCGAGUAUACCGUAACAGAUGUUGGAUGCACCCUAACCUGUAAUUUUGCAGUCUCCUUUCACAUGUGCAUUUUGAAGUCUUUUUUUAUUUUUUCUUAUCGUUGACUUGAUCCCCUCUUUUUUCAGCACGUAGUCUAACGGCCAAAUGGUGUUCCACUGACUUUGUAGAUGAUUUUGAACAAGAACAAAUUCUUCCUAGAGUGCUAAUAGGUAGAUAAGGUUCAAUUUCCCUUGUAGUGUUAGAAAAAAACAGAAUGAUGGUUUUUUAUUGAACCAUAAGGAAAAGCAGGCAAUAGAGAAAUAAAAUAACUGAGAUAAGUUGCCCUGUUUACUUUAGUACUAAGCGAAAUCUAUGCUUUCUAGUUGGUUGUAAAGUCUAGAUAAUAAAAUGUUCAUAUAAUAAGGUACCUUGAUACUGAAUUUUAAAUGUGUAUUAGAACUAGAGAGGAUUUUAUUGAAUUUUGUGGGCUAGCCAGCCAUUAAAUAUUUUUGGAAAUCAAAACAGAUGGUCUUAUGAGGAUGUUCAAAAUGUGUUAGGAUGCUUUAAUGCUUCACAUCUUUCUAGUAUUUCUCAUCAGGCAGUGAUAUUAAAUGCACUAGCGUGAUGUUUCCAAAGUGCUGGAACCAGGCUAUCAGGUUUUUUUUUAUUAGAUGAUUUCGUUGGAGAUACGAAAAAUGUUUAUAACAACCUAUCUCUGACUCGUUGCUAUUGCCUUUUCUUUGCAUUCAGACCUCAUCUGCUGUCCCCUCACUCCAUUCCACAUCACGUACAAAGAAGAGACACCAUACGAUAGGUAACUUUGACCCUCCUGACAGCUCUUGGGCUGGAAUUACUGUCUUAAGGUGGCGUGUUUAAACAAACAACAACAAAAAAAGAAAUUGUGAAAGAUUUUAAUAGUAUUUUUUGGUGGCCUUCGUGCCGGUUCUAAAUGGUUUGAUAUAUUAAUAUCCAAUAAAAUAAAAAUAACACUGUGUUUGGAUAAA